AUGAAGAAGUUUCGUCGAAGACUUAUAUCACUCAUUGCCCCUUGCCAAGAACCGUGGGUCUAUUCCGAGCAGCGUGUUAGAUCUCUUUCAUCCCGCCAUCCCCCCAGUCCACCAACACUCCAUGAAGAAUUCUUUCGGAACACAUCACGACGAUGGAUAUUCAACGAAUCCGACCGUCUAAACGAACGAUACGUCAAGUUUCGACCAUCAGAACUCCAACGGAUAGCUGGCGGAGCAAUACAAGCCUAUUGCCCUGACAUCGCUAAGCUUGCAGAGGGCGGCUUCAACAAAGUGUUUCUUCUGCGAGCAGAAAAUGGGCAUGAGGUGAUCGCGCGAAUUCCUACGCCCAUCGCCGGACCUCCUCAUUACACAACAGCCAGUGAGGUGGCUACGAUGAAUUUUCUGCGAGAUAUCCUCAAACUGCCAGUUCCAGAGGUCUUGGCAUACUCGACAUCAUCAGAGAAUGUCGUUGGGGCGGAGUACAUUCUAAUGGAGCGAGUGGACGGGGAGAGUCUGUCUUCGCGGUGGUUAACUCUAACUACUGAAGAGGUGAGAGACAUCAUGACGCAGAUUGCAGAUAUGGAAAAGAAGAUUUUCGAUUUCCACUUUCCCGCUUAUGGAAGCUUAUACCACAAGAGAGAUCUUUCUGGGGAAAGCCAAGUACGGCUAGUGGAAGAUUUCUGUAUUGGUCCUGUCUCUGCUCGGCAGUUUUGGCAUGAUGAGCGAAGCAAGACAGAGAUUGAUCGUGGACCCUGGCUUUCACCUGUGGACUGUGUUACCUCCGCGGCUCGACGAGAGAUAGCUGUCAUUCGACAUUACGCCAAAGCUCAGCCCCGCCGUACAUUUCUUUUACCAACUGACUAUAGCAUUGAUCCCUCUGAGCAUCUUUCGCUACUUGAGAACUUCCUACAAUUAGCACCCUAUUUGACUCGACCAGGUCUUCACAGCGCUGGGACGCUGAGACACCCCGAUCUGAGUCUGAGCAACAUCUUGCUAGAACCUGGGUCCACUAAAAUCAUCAGUAUCAUAGAUUGGCAGGAUGCCGUGGUAUUUCCCCGCUUCAUGCAAGCAGGUUAUCCCGCUUUCUGUGAGCACGACUCCACCCAGCCUCAAAGCUUACAGAUCCCAUCUUUACCCGAUGAUUUCAACAAUAUGGACAUCGAACAACAGAGACAAGUCAAAGCCGCCUUUCGCUUAGAAGAGGCCAAUCUCUACUACACAGCCGCGACAGGUGUACAUAAUGAAGAACACAUGGAUGUGUUGAAGCUCCCUCAUUUAGGAAUGCGGCAGUAUCUCCUUCGCCAGACAGGAUACCCCUGGGAUGCAGACCUGAUCAACCUACGUGCUGCAUUAAUCGGCAUCACGACCCCGUCAGUAUGGAGCAACAUCUCCUCGGCAGCGUGCCCGGUUGUGUUCAGCGAUGAAGAGCGAGAGGCUGCCAUGGCGGAAGCGCGGGAAUGGAACGAGUCUGAACAGAUGUUGUCCCAGGUGAGAGAACACCUCGGUAUUGAUCCCGAAGGCGGGACCGAUCCGGAUAACUAUGAGAGGGCAGUCAAAGGCAAUCGACAGUUUCGGACGGAGAUGGUUCGACAAGCAGAGGUGGGCCAGGAGGAGAUCUGUUGGCGGAACUGGCCGUAUAAGGAUGACGGAGAUGAUAGCAUGCCUAACUAG